AUGGACCAUGAAUACACGUCUCCUACCAAGACCCAACUUCUCUUCCCUUCCGCCUCUGCCCUAUUACCCACAAUCAGCUCUUCAAUCCGAUUACUUCCGACAAUGAAGACGCGGAGAUGUUAGAUAUUAACUCAAACCCCAGACCGUGUAAGUUUCCCAAAAACCCGGAUAUUAUUCAGCUAGCUGAUAUACAUCAGAAACCACCAGCAGCCUAUUCCAGAAGUCGUACUACUCUCAAUAAUGUACAAUCCCAAUACCUCUUUGAAAUUCCACCCAGUGAUGAAGAGAGUGCAGACGAAGCAGGUGAUGAAGAGAGCGAAGAAGAGAGUGUUAAAGAGAGUGUUGAAGAGAGUGAUGAAGAGAGUGUUGAAGAGAGUGAUGAAGAGAGCGUUGAAGAGAGUGAUGAAGAGAGUGUUGAAGAGAGUGAUGAAGAGAGUGUUGAAGAGAGUGAUGAAGAGAGUGUUGAAGAGAGUGAUGAAGAGAGUGUUGAAGAGAGUGAGGGGAUCCACUCAAUGCUUCCUUCGCAUUCCAGAGAACAGAGCGAUGAAGAAAUGGAGUGUUCAUCUAUGACACCACUUUCCGACCUUGAACAAUACAGCGACGAAGAAGGUGAAAUCUCCGAUUCCGAUACAGAUGAACAAGCCUUCCAUCCGCGGAACAUUGUAAGCCUAUACCACUUGUUCCCUUAUUUAACUACUUAGCUGAUUGAUAGUCAGGUUGAUGUUGAGAACCUCAGAAGACAGCUCGAAUCCCCUAUCCCAUCUGACUUUAAAGCUGUGUUCCGCCGGUUCUUGCAAGAACUUGAUAACAAGGUCUCACACCCGCAACCCCAAAACCCACACCCAGAUGUCCAAUCUACACUAUGGAAAGAAAUAGGAGCGGUCUUAGACCCUAUUUGGACACGCCUCGUUGACAAGGUUGAAAACCUUGGAAUAAAACCCAACUUAAUAGUACAACCUUCGGGAAACAAUAGCGCAAAGUUAGCUAUCCUCCUCCACUAUCCAAUAUUACAUUCCUCGAAUUUAGAUUAUAGCGAGGUGGAUGAUCAUACGAAUCAAUGUACUAGAUUUGUGAGAAAAAAACUGUUGUCUGAGCGCCAUCAUUACAUUUUAUACAACUCUUUCCUAUAUCGAAUGACUAUACCUGACUAGAAUUGACAAGCGUCAAAGGAAAGAAGCGAGUCAUGGUAAGUGGAACGGAAAAUAGGAAUACUGUGCUAUGUAAUGAAUAAUGAUUUUGUAAUGUCUUUUCGUUCUUCAUUCUUUUUCCUCUUCGUUGUUUUCUUUCCAUAAAGUUUGUUCCCACCGCCAUCUCAAUGAUGGUAGCCCCACUCAUUCACUUCACAGGAGCUCUGCCAAGCUGUGGCCAACGAUCAACAAAAGAAAAUCCAGCAGAUAAUACUCUAUGCUUACCACCCAAUGUUUUUCUUGAUGGGCGCUCAAGGAUCGCUAACACCCACAACUCAGCGAUUACGUCUGGAACCUAGCCGCAGCACUCUUAGGAUCAAACAUGUGA